AUGGCUCCCUUGGCCGAGGUCGGGGGCUUCCUGGGCGGCCUGGAGGGCCUGGGCCAGCAGGUGGGCUCGCACUUCCUGCUGCCUCCCGCGGGGGAGCGGCCGCCGCUGCUGGGGGAGCGCCGGGGCGCGGCGGAGCGGGGCGCCCGCGGCGGGCCCGGGGCUGCGGAGCUCGCGCACCUGCACGGCAUCCUGCGCCGCAGGCAGCUCUACUGCCGCACGGGCUUCCACCUGCAGAUCCUCCCCGACGGCAGCGUGCAGGGCACCCGGCAGGACCACAGCCUCUUCGGUAUCUUGGAAUUCAUCAGUGUGGCAGUGGGACUCGUCAGUAUUAGAGGUGUGGACAGUGGUCUUUACCUUGGAAUGAACGACAAAGGAGAAUUGUAUGGAUCAGAGAAGCUUACUGCUGAAUGCAUCUUUAGGGAGCAAUUUGAAGAGAACUGGUAUAAUACUUAUUCAUCAAACAUAUAUAAACAUGGAGAUACUGGCCGAAGGUAUUUUGUGGCACUUAACAAAGAUGGAACUCCAAGAGACGGUGCCAGAUCUAAAAGACAUCAAAAAUUUACACAUUUCCUGCCUAGACCAGUGGACCCAGAAAGAGUUCCUGAACUAUACAAGGAUAUACUAAUGUACAGUUGAAAUGUGAUAGUGUCCUUCCUGAAGAAUCUACCAUAAUCAUUCUUUCAGCUCACACUUUCAUCAUAAAACAAGUAACCCAGGAAGACAUUCAGAAUGUUACAGUUUCUGUUUUCUACCAGAAGAAUGCAUUUGGAAAGAACAUUGAGAAAACACCAAAAAAUAUUGACUUAAAGUAUCCCAAGUUCUCUCUAGGUGGUUUAAGUUCCAAAGCAACACCAGCUCAAUUCUUUCCACCAGAAUGAAGCUGAAAAAUUAUUAAAUUACGGAUAUGGGAACUCCACCUAGUUUGCUGCUGGUGCCUCACUUUCUGGAUUAUGUUUACUUGACAAAUUACACUAAAAAGAGAUACUUCACGUUGAAGAAAUGGAUUGACAUAGUUAAGCAAAGACUAUUGCUAUAAGAAUUCUAAGAACCUUAUAGUAUUUUGCAGGUUAUGGCAUCUCACGUAAAAAACCUGGGUAAAACAUGGACUAUAAAACAUGCAACAUCAAGAUAUAACAUUUUUAAAAGGAUGGACCUAUUUAUACAUUUUCAAUUUGCAAAUAUUUAUUAUAUAUAUUUAUUUAUUAAAGAGUUUAUUUUUUACUGGUAUAUGAAGAUAAUACAGAGAGUA